AGAUGGCUGCGCUCAUGGACGAAUUUGUUUUGGCCGAUUUAUCAUCAAAAUUUAACAUUUUAUCAAUCGAAAGAAGCCUUUCUUCGAAUAAUAUACUUGCCACGUUUGAAGCUGGGUUCAUAAACGAAUACAACCAAGAACAUUAAUUUGAGCUGUUUGACUUCUUAACAUCAUGAAGGUGGGGCUAAAUAAUCAUGUACUACACAGCCAAUCAAAAUAUGCAUCAUCAUAGACAAAGUCGGUUAAAUACAAUGCUUGAUUAAACACCGCAACUUCCUGGAUUAUGUUCCCAGAUUGUACGAAAAAUCACGUUUUUAGCUUGUGGUCCCCCCUAGAGGUAGAUGAUCAGAAAUUAAUACAUAGUUGGCCCCUCCGCCAUGGUGUAAAUGUGACCAGUCCAGUUAUAUGGUGUGAUGAAGAAGAGGAAUAUAUUUGUGUUUUUAAUCAACAGGAGAUUAGAAGAUGGAAUGUUGAUGAUAACAUAAUUGACAAGACGAAGAAGAAAAAAAUAAAAACAGAUAUUUAUAAAUUAUUUACUACCGAAGGAUAUAAACCCAUAGUGUUGUGUAAAAAUGGAGCUGCAGAGUUUAUUGAAAAUAUAAAAUCAGUUUGUGAAACUCCUGUAAUUGGAAGUCAAGACACCAUAGUUUAUGCUGAUAUAAUUAAAAAACAAAAUGGAUUUGGUGUAAUAUAUUUAGUAGAAUCAAAGAACAAAAUAACUCUUCACUGUCAGUGGUAUUUAGAUGAUGUAGAACAAUGGAAGCAUCAGACAUUUGUUAUUACAUACCAGAAAACAGUUCUAGAUUAUUGCUGUCACACUGAUGAAAAUUUUAAUAAUUGUCUCUUUUUAUUAGGUUCUAAUAAAGAUUUAUAUAGAAUAGAUAUAAAUGAAAGUGGUACAGAAGAAGAAUUUAUAAGUGUAAUACAUGAAUUGGGAACGGAAGCUAGUAUUGUAUGUUUAGACAAUUCUCAGAUUGUUAUAGCAGGUUUACACAAAAAAGGACAAAAUGGUGUUGGAAUAUUUGAUACAAAAUAUUGUGCUGUUCAGUCUUUUAAACCAUUUCCAGAAAUUUGUAGAGUUGUCCCUCGUGUGUUUUGUUUGAAUAACCAUAUAUUUAUGAACUGCGGGAAAAAACUGUAUGCAUUUCCAUAUCAGUUUGGUACAUCAACACUUUCUGAAUUCCUAGGAAAAUCCCGCAGUGUUGAAGAUACCACUAAUUCUUCUUUACACAUUAUAAACUGGUCCACAAAGGUUAAGAAUAAAGGUAAUAAUACAGUCAAACAACUUGAAAACAUUUUAAAUGAUCUUAUAGAUCCAUCAAAAACUCAAAACAAAAAUAAAUUCUCAGAUCAAUUUAAAAUAUUUUUGGAGUGUUUAAUGAAGGGGGAUAACUCUUCCUCAAUUUCCAGCCUUCAAAUGAUUCAACUUUGUCAACGAUGUUUAUCAGAGAGGAAAUUUUGGCCAUGUGGAGAAUUGAGACAGCUUCUUAAUCAUGGAUAUAUUUCUUCUGGAAUCUCAUCUGAGUUAAUUGAAGUUUUGAUCGAGAAGAAAGAAAAUAGUUUACUUCAUCUCAGUCUACAGAAACUAUCAGAAAUUCCUGAAGCUUGCCUUAUUCAAAUAUUACAAUAUUAUAUAGGAUUAUCAGAUGAAGAUUUUGAGAAGAAUUUAGAUAUUGAUAUUUCAACUGUGAUAGAAGUUAAUCAAGAUAAAUGUCCAUUUGGUGCUUUAAAGGCUCAUUUAAUUCGUGAAGUAUUGAGUCAACCAUUCAGUGAUAUAUUUCUAAUAGACAAGCUACGGAAACUGAACUUUAAGAAUGUCUUAAGUUUACUGGACUUUUUGUUUUAUUUAAUGGCAACAGAUGAUAACCAAGCUGUGUCAUUUUCUACCAGACCACAGUUACAGAAUGUUAUAGAUUGGAUAAGUUGUACUAUAGAUGCUCAUGUUACACAGUUAAUACUAUCUCCUGAUGCUAGAGUGUUACUUAUUAAACUACAUGAAGCUGUUUCACAACAGACACAGUUUUAUGAUGGUAUGAUAGAAUUAGAAGCAUUGUUAUCUCAAUACAAGUCUAAAUUAUCUAACCCAAUAAAACCUAAAAUAGGACAAUAUUGUAUAGAAGUAUUACAUAUCUAUUGAUAUAUCAUCAAAAUAAACAUUUUAAAUCUA